AUGGAAAUCCGCAGGAAGGUUGGGUUUCUAACCCUCUGCCACCAUCUUUUUCUCACAAUUUCUUUUUUCUUCGUCCAAUUUGGUGUUUCUACACAUACAAUUACUCCACACCAUUCUUUGGAAGGAUCAGAAACUUUACUCUCCAAUUCCCAAAAUUUCCGCCCGGAAAAUUCGACCAAGUAUUACGUUGGCGUCAUGUUUAACGUCCCGUCAAUGACCGUUGUAUGGGUAGCCAACAGAGACAGAGGUAUGGAUGAUUCCAGGGGAAGCAUGGGAAUCUCAGAAGAUGGGAAUCUUGUGGUGUUGGAUGGAGGGAAGAGAGUAGUAUGGUCUUCUAGUAUUUCUUCUUCUCCUGCAAACACUACUGCUCAGCUCCUGGAUACUGGAAACUUGGUGUUGAAAGAUAGCUCAAGUGGGGGAUAUUUAUGGGAAAGCUUUGGUGAAAUCUCCAAUACUGUUGUCGAGGGAAUGAAACUUGGCAAUGGUUCGAGUAUUGGCAUAACAAGGGAGUUAUUGUUGGAAAAAUAA